CAAAGCGGGAGCAUUUUGUUAAGCUUACCUCUCUCACUCGGCUCAGAGUCACUGAAAGUAAAACUAAAAAGGGAACCGUCUCUUCAUAAGUUCGCCGUCACCGGUCCUCCGGCCCCUUGAUCAGUAGGUAAUCAUCAAAGAAAACCACUUUCCCUAUUCGAAUCGAAAGCAUUACUUCUCCCAUUCUGUGAUUGUUCUUUCAAUUUUCGGAUCUCCUGGCCCGUUUUGUGUGCACGUAUAAACCCUACAUGUCGAGCGAAUAUGCUUUAUCUGGUUUUAGGGUUUAUGGAAGAUCUCCGUUUAAGAUUGGGAAAAUUGCUAAUAUUUUUCUGUAAGCGGAAAAAAAUUGCUACAGUUAUCUUUGCUGUUUGUGGAAAUCCCAGUUCUAUUUUUGAUUUGGUUGAGCGUAUUCUUUGUCGGGCAGUGGUGUUUUGGUUGAUAGUUUAAGCGUUUUACAUGUAUGUACCGAGAGAAGACAUCAAUUUAAACUCUGUAAGUCAAUUGUUUCUGUUUAAUAUGUAUGAAAAAAGCUAUGAGACUGCGUGUGCCUAGGAAACCAUAUAGCGUUGUGUUCCAUAAAAUUGCACUGCGAUUAUUAGUCCAGAAUAUUUUAGGUCCAACCUGAAGAAUUAAACCAUCUACGUUGUUUUCAUUUGAAUCCCAGGAUUUAUAAUCCAGUUAUAGGCCUGCAGCUUCCAAAUUAUUAUCAGAGAAUUUCUCAUUAUGUAGUUAUUUGAGAUAUGCAUUCAAUCAGGCCUUUGUAGGUGUUGGGUAGUGGGCUUGAAAAUGAAUUUCCCACAUAUCGUUUAAAUUAUUACAAAAAUGAAGCUUUCAUAUGAUUCUAUAAAUAAUAUCUUUUUUGAACACUACGACGGAAAAUGAAACAGUUUCAGUGUAAUUACACCUUGCUUUCCACACAAGAGAAAAACAGUAUGGCAUACCAGAAUUAGGUAUCGAUAUUUUAGAUCCAGUAUAAGGAUUUCACGGGGUUGAGGGAACUAGCAUGAUUGCAUACCAUGGAGGUGAUCGAUGGUUAUUGUUUCUGCAGAGUCUGGGAACUAGUGAGAGUAAUAUUGUUUGUUAUCAAUCUGAUAUGUCGGGAAUGAAGUUUGGGGUGGGGGAAGAGAUGUUGAGUUGAAAAUAUUGAUCAGGUUCCUAGCAAUUGAUGCCUAAUGUAGUAAGGUAAUUCAGAUCUGCAACAAAUUUUGAUGUAAGCAUGGAGAGCUCACGUAUGGAUAACUAUGUUUAAUCUUGACUCUUUUUGUUGGUAAAAUAGGUAGCAAGUCCUUUUGUAAGCUAUUUUUCUUUUCACAUUAAAAUUCAUUGUAACCUAACAAUCAAAUUUUGACAUUAGUUAUUUGCAUUUUGUGGAACGCCUUGACGGAAAAUGGAGGAUGUGAUAACGGAGGCUCCACCGCCUUCAAGAUUCCUCUUGGAAGAUCUGAAUAUCUUUACUCGUCCAGCACCUCCACUUCCCUCACCAUUCCUGGUGUUCUCGAGAGCCAAGUCCAGUGAGAACCUCCACCCAUCUCUCCUUGUAAUUGCAUUGUCCUCCCCUUCUGUUUACGUACUACAUCAUUUGCCCUCCAAAUUCCAAAUUGGAACUCUGAUCCUCCCUGAGAUUCCUUUCUCCGGGAAUUCCACUGAACCCUCACUCAAAGACAAAUCCUGCAACAUAUAUACCCUCAAAAAUGCUGAUGAGUCCAUUCUAAUAGUGUCUGUUCAGUACCCCGUUACACCAGAGAGAUCCCAUGAUGUGGCCAAAUUGUUGGUUGGUGGUCAAAUCAUUCCAGAAAGGGUUCUAAUAUUGGAUUCUAUUCAGAGUAGUCAUUUCCGAGGUAAACUUUCAAGGGAUGAUGAUUUGGCAUUCAAGCUGGAGACUUCCUAUGAAAGAAUCAACAGCGACGAUUCACACCUAGUAACUGGUUUGGAUUACUUUCCUUCUGGAAGCAUGGUCGACGGCUUAUCUGCUGCACUUUUGGCUCAGUGUCAGCUGAGGAAGAUUAAAGGGACCCUCUGUCUUUCAUGGCCUGAAUUCGGCAUUUCAUCUAAACUACUGGUUAAAUCUAUACUGCAGAAGGCCUUGCCUGGAUUGGACCUUACAAGUAUCCCAAUUGAGGAUGAUUCUUCUCGAGAUAAAGUUUUUGAUUCUGAAUUGUAUACAUGAGAAACACUUGGUUCCUUUUUGUGGCAAGAUGUCAUUUUCAUCGCCCUUUUAGGCAGUUCCUCUUUUGUAUCUUCUUUAUGAAGACAUUGUUACAGUCUGACUAAUUCUAAAUCGAUCCCUUUUCCUGCAUGUUUGCGUUUGAGUAUUGUGCUUUACCUAUUGCAGGACAAACAUUUUGCCGUAGAGAAAGUACUGGUUGAAGCCUAAAUCCAUUUAUUCUUAUUUAUAACAUCUUCAUUGAC